AUGAAUAUAGGAAGUGAUAAAACCUUGUAUCGAUUUUCAAAGGAAAACAUUCAAUGGUUAGUGGAUUAUUUUUUGCCUUCAACUAGUGAAACACGUGGUGGAGGCUUGGAUGGAUUCACAAAAAUGUGUACAUACCUUCGAUUUUUGGCGGAUCCAGGUUUUCAAUGUGGAAUUGGGGAAGAUAUCGGUAUUCAUCAGUCCACUGCAUCACGCAUAAUUAAAGAAAUGGCAUUUAUUAUUUCGCAACGUGCAGCAGAAUGGAUCAAAUUUCCGGAAACAACGACUGAAUUCAAGGCAGAACAAACGUUAUGGAGCACGAAAUAUAAAAUGCCAUUUGCAGUAGGAGCAAUUGAUUGCACUCAUUUCAAAAUAAAAAAACCUUUAAAUAAUUGUGAUGAAUACAUUUGUAGAAAAGGGUUUUUUUCAAUAAAUGUGCAAGCAACAUGCAAUGCUAAUGAAUUGUUUACAAGUGUCGAUGUUUCUUGGCCUAGUUCUGUGCAUGAUUCAAGAAUUUUUAAAAAUAGUUCGGUGCACAAUGUGAUUAAAAGCAAUGAUGUAGAAGCAUAUUUACUUGGCGAUGAAGGAUACGGUAUUGCGCCAUGGUUAAUGACACCCUUUAAAAAUCCAUCAAAUCCCAAUGAAGCCUUAUAUAAUUCCACAAUAACAAAGGAAAAAACUAUCAUUGAACGUUGCUUUGGUCAAUUAAAGCAGAGGUUUGCAUUAUUUCAAUAUAAAAUUCGUGUUGAUAUAGAAAUUGUACCAUAA